UGGGCUUAUUAGGGAUACUGGGAGCCACUGAGUCAGAGGGAGAGUCUGAUUUAUGAAGGCAAAUCAACCUACUAAUUUAACUCAAAACGCAAAACAGCGGAGACAUCAGACAGACACGGAGACGGAGUCGGAGUCGGAGACGAAGCCAUGGCGGAGCAGGAGCUGAGUAAAUGGCGUCUGGAGAGCCGCCAAUACCUGGGAGAGAUUUCAGCUCUCUGUUUUCUCCACCUACCUCCCCAACUCUGUUCCCUUCCUUUUAUUCUCGCUGGAACUGGGUCGCAAAUACUGCUAUAUAGUAUGGAAGCAGGAAAGCUAUUGAAUUCAUUUAAUGUAUUUGAAGGUAUCCGUGUGCAUGGAAUUUCCUGUAGCAUUCAUGAUUCUACAGAAGAUGGGCCAUCCUCAAGACUUGCUUUCAAUAUUGCUGUAUUUGGAGAGAAGAGGAUUAAACUAUUUAACUUGUUCAUUCAGAUAGCAUCAGUAGAACAAUGCCAGUCAGAAUUGAUUUUAAUUCAUGUAAUGCCAAAAUUUAGUCACUGGAUUUUGGACAUUUGCUUCUUGAAGGACAGUAUGCUUUCUCAGCAUGGUGGUGACAGUCAUCUUGCUAUAGGACUCGGUGACAAUUCUAUCUGUAUAUGGGAUAUUGCAAAUUCCAAUGUGGUCCUUGAAGUAAAAUGUCCAGAGAGGUGCCUUCUGUAUUCAAUGCGUUUAUGGGGCAGCAAGCUAGAUGCUCUUCAUGUGGCAUGUGGUACUAUAUAUAAUGAGAUUAUUGUUUGGAAGGUGGUUCCUCAGAACAAUGUACCACCAUCAAGAAGGUCAAUAAAAGAUCCCAAUGGUUUAUGUGGUUCUUUCUGCAAUAAUGUCCAGCUUCAUGAUCGACAAUAUGAAGCUAUUUAUUUGCAUAGACUCACUGGACAUGAAGGUUCAAUCUUCCACAUAGCAUGGUCCUCUGAUGGAUCAAAACUGAUAUCUGUUUCUGAUGAUCGUAGUGCUCGUGUCUGGACACUUAAUGCUGAGAGAAAAGAUUCCACUGGUACAAGGGGGGUUGGAGAUCCCACUUCUACUGAUCUCUCACUAUUUGGCCACAAUGCAAGGGUUUGGGAUUGCCAUAUCUCUGAUUCUUUAAUUGUCACUGCUGGUGAGGAUUGUAGCUGCCGCGUGUGGGGAAUAGAUGGGAGCCAACUUAAGGUGAUCAAGGAACAUACAGGAAGGGGCAUAUGGCGAUGUUUGUAUGAUGAAGACUCUUCUCUGCUUGUUACUGCUGGCUUUGAUUCUGCAAUCAAAGUACACCAAGUUCAUACUUCCUUGUCCAGGAGCUCAGUGGAACAGACGUGGAAAGUCAAGGAGUUUAGAGACAUGACCAAUGUCUUUACUAUUUGUACCCCAAAAUUGUCGGAAAAGCUUGGACUCAUGGACAGCAAAAGUGAAUAUGUACGUUGCUUGCGAUUCACACGAGAGGAUACCCUUUAUAUUGCCACUAACCAUGGACUUUUGUACCAUGUUAAUAUAUCUGACCCUGGAGAUGUAAAAUGGACUGAGCUUGUCCGAGUCUCUGAAGAAGUUCCAAUUGUCUGUAUGGAUUUAUUAUCUAUAAGCUCAUCAGAUUUCUCAAGAGAUGAUGAGGAUUGGAUUGCAGUUGGAGAUGGUAAAGGAAAUGCGACAGUUGUUAGGGUUUCUGAUGGUGUAUGCACUGAUAGUGGCCCAUCCUUUACAUGGACAGCAGGAUUAGAGAGACAACUCUUGGGAAUUUAUUGGUGCAAGUCAUUGGGGUGUAGCCAUAUUUUCACUGCUGAUCCUAGAGGGAUUUUGAAACUGUGGAGAAUCUUUGAUCCCUUGCAAUCUUGUACUAAUAGAUCUAUACAGAAUUACGAAGCAUCUCUGGUUGCAGAAUUCACAUCAUGUUUUGGGGCACGCAUAAUGUGCUUGGAUGCAUCAUUUGAUGAGGAGGUUCUAGUUUGUGGGGAUCAACGUGGAAAUUUAACUGUGUUCCCUCUGUCAAAGAACCUCUUACAGGCGACUUCCAUUGCACCAGGAGUGAAGAUCCCUCCAUUAAACUAUUUCAAAGGAGCUCAUGGCAUAUCAAGCAUUGCCAGCAUUUCAAUAGCUCAAUUCUGUGUUAAUCAAGUUGAUAUACGCUCAACUGGAGCAGAUGGCUGUGUAUGCUACUUUAAAUAUGACAGCGACUGGAAAAGUUUGGAAUUUACAGGAAUGAAGCAAGUGAAAGAACUAAGUUUGAUCCAUUCUGUUUCCAGUGAUGCCAACACUGACGAAGACCUGGCAUGCGGUAAUUAUGCAAUUGGUUUUGCUUCAGCAGAUUUUAUAAUGUGGAACUUAACAAAUGAAACAAAGGUGGUAGAAAUUCCAUGUGGUGGAUGGCGGCGUCCUUAUUCUUAUUAUCUUGGUGAUGCACCCGAUAUCCAAAACUGCUUUGCCUUUGUCAAGGAUCAUGCUGUUCAUAUCCAUAGACUCUGGGUACCAGCAAGUGAGAAGAAGUCUAUUCCUCGUGUUCUGCACAUGCAAAACCAUGGAAGAGAGAUACACUCGUUGUGUUUUGUCUCUGAAGGUACACAAUUUGCAGACAGAAGCAGCAAUCACUUUACUAGGUCAAGCUGGAUCGCAACAGGAAGUGAGGAUGGAAGUGUGAGACUGACAAGGUAUUCUUCUGAAACUAAGGGUUGGUCUACAUCCAAGUUGCUGGGGGAGCAUGUUGGUGGAUCAGCUGUGCGAUCAAUUUGCUUUGUGUCAAAAACACACACAACUUUAGAAUAUAAAUCCUACAUCUCUAAUGACAAGAAUGGAAACAAGGUGAUGCCAGAUAACAGAGACAAUCAGUUACUCAUUUCUGUUGGGGCAAAGAGGGUCUUAACUUCCUGGCUUCUCCGAAAUAGGAGGCUGGGCAAUAAGGAAGAGACAUUUGGUGAUCCACCCAUUAAUAGCUUUACUCCCUCAAACAAUAAUUCAUCAAUGUCAUUCCAAUGGCUUUCCACUGACAUGCCAUCAAAGUUCUCUAGUACUCGUAAAAGGGUAGAAAACACUUAUAAAAUGACAACAAAUUCAAAAUAUAGAUCACAUACUGAAGAUGGGAAGAUGGAGUUGGAGUGUAAGGUUAGUGAAAAAAAUGAAGAUGACUGGAGAUAUUUGGCCGUUACUGCAUUUCUUGUUAAAGGCACUGAUUGCAGGUUGACGGUCUGUUUCGUUGUUGUUUCUUGUUCGGACGCCACACUUGUAUUACGAGCUCUCCUUCUCCCCUAUCGGCUCUGGUUUGAUGUGGCUCUACUAGUUCCCUUAUCAUCUCCUGUUCUGUCACUGCAGCAUGCGGUUAUUCCUAUAUAUGCCCCUCCUAAAGGUAGGAUUCAAAUUGGAAGUGCAUAUAUUGUUGUUGGUGGGUCCACUGAUGGAAGCAUUAGCUUCUGGGAUCUGACUAAAAGUGUUAAUGGUUUUAUGCAACAAAUCUCGAUCCUCCAACCAGAAAAGGUCAUUGACUGUCAGAAGAGGCCCAGAACAGGAAGAGGAAGCCAGGGUGGACGGUGGUGGAGAUCAUUAAGUAAUCAGCCCUCCAAAGCAAAAAAGAGAGUUACCGUGGACGUGAAUAAAAGAGGGGAUACCAAUGGUCAUUUAGUUGAUUCUGAAGGGUGUGGAAGCUCAUCCGACUUGAGUAAUCCAAACAAAUGCACUAUAGAUUACCCUCAAACUAUUGAUCCUGCCAACUCGUCUGAGUCAGAUAUGCACACAGAUAAAUCGCCAUUCGAAAUUUGUGAAGUGCACCCCUUGCAUGUUCUGAAACAUAUCCACCAAUCUGGUGUCAAUUGUAUUCAUGUUUCAAAUAUUAGGGACUGGAGAGAUGAUCGGUUUGGAUAUGUUUACUAUGUAUUAAGUGGGGGAGACGACCAAGCAGUUCACUGUCUUACCUUUGACUUGGUUCUACAGCCAACAAGCCAUGACGCUGAAAACAAGAAAGUUGAUGAUACUGCAAAUCAGACAGCAGAAUUAUGUGACAUGGGGAAGUCUUCUCUUUAUGGAGAAAAGGAGUAUGGGUUGAGGCUCUUAUAUCAUGAAAGAAUUGCUUCAGCUCACAGCUCUGCUGUAAAAGGUGUCUGGACAGAUGGGAUUUGGGCGUUUUCUACCGGUCUUGAUCAACGAGUUAGAUGUUGGCAUGUUGAGGAACAUGGUGAGCUUACCGAGCAUUCACAUUUGAUCAUUAGUGUGCCAGAGCCAGAGACCAUAGAUGCUAGAGCCUGUGGCAGCAACCGAUACUGGAUUGCAGUAGGUGGAAGAGGGAUACAAAUGGUUGAGUUCUAUUCAUCAGGUGAUGGUGAUAAAGAACGAAAUGAUCCACAUCUAUAUAUCUGACACUCUGGGUGUUGACAAUGUGGUACGUUAUUGUUCAACCACUUGUUAAUUUCUCCACAUUUUUUAUAAACAUUGAUUGAUUUUCACUUAUCAGUGGGAGAGUAGUAGAUGGGACAGGGUGACCCGGUGAGCUCUCCGGGUCCCUGUUGUUUGAAUGAUCUAAUCCGCCUGUUGACCCAUAAAACCAUGACCCAGGGAGUUUUGAAGUUCUCUGGUUUUCUAUCUAGUCCGAGUCUGACAAUACUGUAUAAAUUGACUGUAAUCCAUAAUUUUUUUUUUCCUACAUCUAGAUGACCAUUUUAUUUUAUUGUUUA